UCACCCAUCAGUGCUCUGCUCUGCCGCAGCCCCUUCAGGAUCUCUGCGUCCUCCAACAUGACCUCCUACUCCUCCUCCGCCCAGAGCGCCUCCUCCUACCGCCGCACCUUUGGUCACGGCGCCUACGCCUCGCCCUCCCUCAACCGCUCCUUCCUGGGCCCCAGCGGGGGCGGCGGGGGUCACGUCACCUCCAGGGUGUACGAGGUGACCCGAACCAGCGCCGCGCCCGCCUACCGGGUCUCCUCCGGCCACUACGGCCGGCCGCUGGGGGCCUCCAGGGUCUCGGUGGGACGCUCCUACGCCGGCAUGGGGGAGACGCUGGACUUCAGCCUGGCGGACGCCCUCAACCAGGAGUUCCUGACGACGCGCACCAACGAGAAGGCGGAGCUGCAGCACCUGAACGACCGCUUCGCCAGCUACAUCGAGAAGGUGCGCUUCCUGGAGCAGCAGAACCAGGCGCUGACGGUGGAGGUGGAGCGCCUGCGGGGGCGGGAGCCCACGCGCGUCGCCGACCUCUACGAGGAGGAGAUGAGCGAGCUGAGGAGGCAGGUGGAGAUCCUGACCAAUCAGAGGUCACGCCUGGAGGUGGAGCGAGACAACCUGGUGGACGACGUGGAGAGGCUCAAGAUCAGAUUGCAGGAGGAGAUUUUGCAGAAAGAGGAAGCAGAGAACAACCUGGCUGCUUUCAGAGCGGAUGUGGAUGCUGCCACUCUGGCCCGAUUGGACCUGGAGAGACGCAUUGAGACACUGCAGGAGGAGAUCGCCUUCCUGAAGAAGAUUCACGAAGAGGAGAUCCGUGAGCUGCAGAGUCAGAUGCAGGAGACUCAGGUCCAGAUCCAGAUGGACAUGUCCAAGCCGGACCUGACGGCGGCGCUGAGAGACAUCAGGGCGCAGUACGAAGGCAUCGCUGCCAAGAACAUUGCAGAGGCUGAAGAGUGGUACAAGUCCAAGGUUUCAGACCUGAACCAGGCUGUGAGUAAGAACAACGAAGCCCUGAAGCAGGCCCGCCAGGAGACCAUGGAGUUCAGACACCAGAUCCAGGCCUACACCUGCGAGAUUGACUCACUUAAAGGCACAAAUGAGUCCCUGAUGAGGCAGAUGCGGGACAUGGAGGACCGCCACGGACGCGAGGCUGGAGGCUUCCAGGACACCAUCGCCAGGCUGGAGGCCGAGAUCGCCAACAUGAAGGACGAGAUGGCCCGUCACCUCCGGGAGUACCAGGACCUGCUGAAUGUGAAGAUGGCUCUGGAUGUGGAGAUCGCCACCUACAGGAAGCUGCUGGAAGGGGAGGAGAGCAGGAUCACCCUGCCCAUGCAAAGCUACUCGACUUUGAGUUUCCGAGAGGCCAACCCAGACCACCAGCAGCGCUCCUCUGAGCUCCACUCAAAGAAGACGGUCCUGAUCAAGACUAUCGAGACCCGAGACGGAGAGGUGGUCAGCGAGUCGACGCAGCAACAGCAGGACAUCAUGUGAGGACCCGCUGGAGACGAGAAGGCGCUCCCCAGCAGCCGUCUGAAAUUACUGAAACAAAAGAUGUGCAAAUAAAACGAAAACAAAAAACAGA